AUGUGGGUGGGUUUCUGAGAGGAAAGCUUGUAUCUACAUGGAUUGCCAAGCAGACCCCCUGAGACAACCAAAGCGCAGUUUCGGCACAAGGGUCAAGUGCGAAGAAUGUAAGCUCGAGGGGUAUAUCUACCUGGUUCCAGGACAUGGGCAUCAUCUGGAACAAAAUCACUGUACUGAUGUGCCAUUAAUGCUAUUUGAGUGCGAUGGAAUAGUCCCAGUGCAGUAUUACUUCGAGAGUGGAUGGUCUGCGAUCACCACAUCUGGCAGGAGAAUUAAUAAUAUUGAUCUUAUAUGCCAAGGCUACGAAGAUGAAAUUGAUGGGGAGCGUAUUGCAAUCAUUGUGGAAGCCAAGUUCUUGCCCUACAGUGGAAGAUAGAAAUGCGAGCAGCAGUAUUAGUGUAGCAGUUUGGGU